AUCGGACUGGACAGCAGCGUCACUGACGCCAUGGUGGCUGCGUGACCUGCGCUCUCUAGAUUCAUUGCUACAUCCUUUGGCUCGUUUUAACUCCCAAAGCUACCAAGGCACACGUGGCGAAGGGUCGAGGUUGAGAGACAAUCUAUGACUUCUCUCGGAUAUUUGUGACUCACUCUUGACGUGACUUUGUCAUCCUGCAGAACGGGACGCACUUGCAAUAAACUUGAAGCUAUCCGAACGAGCUGCUGGGAUGAUUGGGCAACCCGUCAUUUUGACCUCGUAUUCGGGACGUGCUGCCCAAAUGGUUAUCCCCAUAUGCAAUCUUCAUAGAGUUUUCGUCGGUCGGAUUGAGGCCCGAAUGUCCGACUCGUCACCAUUCACCUGGUGUGCUUGCAUCUCGCGGUUCUUGUACCUGAGCAGACCGGGUGUAUAAAUCCCCUACCAAGCACAGUAUCAAUACAAUGCUGCAAUAAUUGUUCGUCGAAUAAUCUCAACUGAACUACUUGUCAUUUCCGUCCCUUGCUUGUCUCAACCUGAAAGACAGCAGAAAUUGCACGAUGGCAGUAGAGGAAAAAUCGGAUAUCGAAGGCUCGACGGAGAAGAUCGACACGGGAGUAAGGGAAAUUGAGUAUCCUAGCAUCACGAAGGUUAUAGUCGUGAUUCUUGCUCUCUACCUUGCCGUGUUUCUGGUUGCUCUCGAUCAGACAAUCAUUGGCGUAGCGAUCCCGAAGAUCACCGACCAGUUCAAGAGCAUCGAGGACAUUGCCUGGUAUGGCAGUGCAUAUUUCCUGACAUCCACUGCAUUGCAGCCAUCCUACGGCAGGAUUUACAAGAUAUUUAGUGUCAAAUGGGGUUUCCUGAUCGCUGUUCUCAUCUUUGAGAUCGGGUCACUCAUCUGCGCCGUUGCACCUAGUAGCACCGUCUUGAUUGUUGGCAGAGCUGUGGCAGGUAUUGGCGUUGCUGGCAUAUUCUCUGGGGCUUUGGUAAUCAUAUCAAUGACUGUUCCACUACCCAAGAGGCCGCUCGUAUUUGGGAUGUUUGGCAUGGUAUGGGGGAUUGCUUCAAUCGCUGGACCAUUACUCGGAGGUGCAUUCACCGACGGCGUGUCAUGGAGAUGGUGUUUCUAUAUCAAUCUUCCCAUAGGAGGUCUUUCCAUUGCUGUUAUCAUCUUCAUCCUGCGAGUUCCCAAGAAGAGUGAGUUUUCCGGGACGCCCAUCCUCGAUCGGAUCAAACAGCUAGAUCUUAUCGGUGCCAGUCUUCUCAUUCCGGCCAUUGUGUGCCUCCUUCUCGCGCUGCAAUGGGGAGGAAAUAAAUACCCAUGGAACAGCUCGCGUGUUAUUGGGCUAUUUGUCGGCUUCGGACUCAUGAUCAUCAUUUUCACCUUCUCACAGAUCAAAUUGGGCGACCGUGCUACACUCCCACCGGGGAUCCUGAAGCGACGGUCGGUGUUAUCUGCAACGAUGUUCGCCUUGUUCUUCGGUGGUGCAUUCUUUCUCCUGGUCUACUAUGUCCCCAUUUUCUUCCAAAGCGUGAAAGGAUCGUCCGCGAUGAAAUCCGGGAUCCAGCUCCUUCCCUUGAUGCUCGCGACCGUCAUCUCUUCCGUCCUCGUCGGUGCAUUCGUAACUGCUGUCGGCUACUAUACCCCGUUUCUGAUCGGUAGUACCGCCAUUGCAGCCGUUGGCACGGGUCUUAUUACGACGUACUCCGUGGACAUCAGCACUGGAAAGUGGAUUGGCUAUCAAAUCCUAGUCGGAGCGGGAGUCGGUGCUGGUUUCCAAAUCCCAAUGACAGCGGUACAGACCGUGCUCCCACCCGAAGACAUCCCCGUCGGCACGGCUGCCGUAAUGUUCUUCCAGACUUUGGGAGGCGCGCUCUUCAUCGCUGUCGGGCAAUCCGUCUUUCAAAACGGAUUGAUCGACGGCAUCCGCGAGUAUGCACCGACAGUGGAUCCGCGUGCCAUUGUCGGUGCCGGAGCCACGGAAAUGAGACAUGUCCUGGCUACUUUGGGGCAGUUGGAUCAACUUGAUGCGGUGAUUAGGGCGUAUAUGAGCGGGCUUCGCGACGCAUACCGCGUCAGUUUGGCACUUGCGCUGGUAGCGCUCGUGGCUAGUUGCUUUCUGGAAUGGAAGAGUGUCAAGAAAACUGGGCAAGGAAGUAAGAACGACGUGGCGGUUCCGGCUCUGUGACAGUCUUGGAUUCAUUCGUCGCGGAUCUCUCCUUUUUCGUGGACAGGCUUUGUUCGGUUAAUACUGUUACGGGAAGUGUCAUAUUGGGUUUUAGAAAAAUAUGAGUGAAAAUAGUUAGAUAUAGAUCAUAAUGUGUAUAACUCUACUCUUCGGAAGUUUUC